AUGAAGGCGGAAAGCGAUAUUGAGUCGUGGGACAAAGAAGCAUCUGAAGGGAAAUUGCCCGUUAAAUGGCCUCUUAAACUGGAUGAUUGGUGGAUUGGUCAGAAGAAGGAGGCAUUUCUCUACUGGGAAGACAUUGAGACUACUGAAGCUGAAUAUAUCAGCGAGCUAGCGGAGGGAUUGGAUAACCUUCUAACCUGCAUACAAGAUGAAGCAGCUGAGACCGAACAGGUAUCUAUAGAUUUCGAUUAA